UAAUAUCGUCAUUAUCAGUUAAGCUAAGCUAGUAGUCAUCUAACUCCUAGUUUUGCUGAUUGCUGUCUGAACUAAUUUUACUUCUUUCAGUUGCACAAGCAAAGGUUGUUCCACAUUUCUCUUCUUCUCUCUCUCUCUCUCUCUCUCUCUCUCUCUCAUCAAAAGCAAGAAAGGAACAAAGAAAACGCAACCAACUGAGAGAGACCAAGAAAACAUGUCUUCUCCAAGCAAGAGACGAGAGAUGGACCUGAUGAAAUUGAUGAUGAGUGAUUACAAGGUGGAAAUGAUUAACGAUGGAAUGCAAGAAUUUUAUGUCCAUUUUCAUGGACCCAAUGAAAGUCCUUAUCAAGGUGGUGUGUGGAAAGUAAGAGUUGAGCUACCGGAUGCUUAUCCUUAUAAAUCUCCUUCGAUAGGCUUCAUCAAUAAGAUUUAUCAUCCAAAUGUUGAUGAGAUGUCAGGAUCGGUUUGUCUUGAUGUUAUCAAUCAGACCUGGAGCCCCAUGUUUGAUCUUGUCAAUGUAUUUGAGGUGUUUCUGCCUCAACUCCUUCUGUAUCCCAAUCCAUCGGAUCCCUUGAAUGGAGAGGCUGCAGCUUUAAUGAUGCGCGACAGACCUGCUUAUGACCAAAGGGUUAAAGAAUACUGUGAGAAGUAUGCCAAGCCGGAAGACAUUGGAGCUGCCACAGAAGAGAAAUCCAGUGAUGAAGAAGAUGAGGAGCUAACUGAAGAUGAAUAUGAUUCUAGUGAUGAACAGAUUGCUGGUAAAGCCGACCCUUAGUCUUGGUUAUGCAAGUCAUGUUCUUUCUGUAUUUUAUCUGUACAUGUUGUUCUAGUUAUGUUUUCACCUCAUUCAAAUGAAUGUACUUGGAUGUUGGUAGGGGAAAAAUUCCCCUUCAUGUUAAUUAACUUUCUCACUGUAAAUAAUGUACCAUUGAUUUCCUGAUGCAAUCUUAUUUGUUGUUAACUUA